AUGCCCGUCACCGAGUUCGCCAUCAUCCGCCUCCGCCGCGGCGGCUUCGACGAGCUCGACUUCCUUGAGGCGCUCAUGGAGGUGCAGGAGGUGCAGGACAGCUGGGCGCAGGUGAACCACCCGCGUAGCCUGUCUCCCGACAGCAGCAUGAGCAGCAUGUACAUUGAGCAGAGCGACCCGCCGUCCCUGCUCGUCACGGCAUCGUGGGACUCACCCGAGGAACACGGCGAAUGGAUCCGCUCCCCCGAUAACCAGGUGUGCAAUGCCAAGCUGUCGCACUACAUCAAGCCCGGCUGUGGCUCUGUGCGGCUGCUGCACUUGCGUCCCGCCGGCAGGGACGACCAACUACGGGGGGCGUUUCUGGACAAGGAGGCCUUCAACGUGGUCAGGAUUACUGUCGAGCCCGGGCGCAAGAGGGAUAAGCUACAGGAGGCGUAUGAGAUGGGGGAGAGGAACGCGUAUCUCAUGGACGACGAGCAGAAACUCUGGGCUGGGUGGAGCAUUGAGAAGCUGCAUGGUCACGAGGAGUUGGUUGUGUUUUGGACGGACAGACUGGCCGAUGACGGCGUGCGGAAGCUGAUUGCCUUGGGGGACAGGAGCGAACAAAGGCGCUUCAGGCAUGUCGUGUAG